GUAGGUCAGAUGGGUUCAGUACUUCAGUUCAGUUCAAACCACUUUGCCUGUUCCCAACUGAGCUGAGGAGUAAAGCGACAGCACUCGGUCUCUGAAGUGUCUUUGCACUCUCUCCACCGCACAAAGAUGAGGACUUCCUUGCCAUUGGCUGCCGCCGCCGUCUUCUUGCUUCUGUUGCUGGCGAGCAUGGAGGCUGAAGCCAUCAGAUUGGACGCGGAGAGCCGGGCCGUGGUCAGCAAGCAGCAGCAAAAUGUCAAUAAACCAGGCGAGAACUUGGCGCAAAAGGACGCUCCCGUUAAAACCUCAGCAGGCGAGAGCGAGACGAAGAAAAGCAUCGCUGGACAGGAGCAGGUCAGGGCAACAGCACACAAGCUGCCUGAGUUCCACGAAGACUACUACGGCGCCAGUGUUCAUGAACCUAGGCACCACUGAGCGACGCAGUCUUUGGCCGCUCGAUCAGUUUGUUUGUUCCCUUUGUGCAAAGAGGAAAUAGGAUAGGUACUAGAUUAGUCAGCAGCCGUAGCAGGCUGCCAUAGCUACUUUAUUCUGAGCUUGAUUAGCGAGCGACAAUCCUUUUUUUUUUUCUCCUCUUCAUCUCUUGAAGGGAAAUGUAACAGUUUUGAUGCGCUAAUGCUUGGCAAAGCCAAAAAGAACUCAAGAAUCAAGAUGCUGUCAAAGCUA